AUGGAAUUAAACGGAUUUUCUGCUAUCGUUGCGUUUGCUUCCUUGUUACUUCUCCACUUUAUUGCAUCCUCGUUAGUCCUUAAAUGGAAGCAACGCCAAUUCAUCCAGGCAAACAGAUGUCAACCUCUUCUUGCUCAGUAUCCCUACAAAAAUGUUCUUUUCGGAAUCAACUUUAUUCGUGAGCUUGCUAUUUUGGGCAAGAACCAUUGUGUUCUGGAGCACCGGCUCAAGCAGACACGAGCCUGGGGCAACACUUGGUCUUAUCGGAUAUUGGGAACAUCUGCUAUCUACACUGCGGAGCCGGAAAACGUUAAGACUAUGCUAUCGCUCAAAUUCAAAGAUUAUGGUCUUGAAUACCGGCUACCGAUCUUUGGCCCUCUUCUCGGACGUGGCAUCUUCACCACAGAUGGUGAGCACUGGUCGCAUUCGCGAGCAAUGAUUCGUCCAAGCUUUACACGAGAUCAAGUAGCAGAUAUCGAUGCUUUAGAAGUAUACGUCCAAGACUUGUGGAAACACAUUCCUGGUGAUGGAUCCACCGUAGAUCUCCAAGAUCUUUUUUUCAAAUUUACCAUCGACUCUGCUACAGAGUUUCUACUUGGUCGCUCGGUUCACUCUUUACGUGGAAGGUCUACAUCAGAUGUGGACUUUGCGAGUGCUUUCAAUGCCGCAGAGGAAGACAUUGCUGCUACGUCACGGAAAGGUUUCACACUGGCCAAAAUUCUUCCAAAGAGCAAAAGUGCGAAGAUAGCAAUUGAUGCUUGUCAUCAAUUCGUAGACCAAAUUGUCGAGCAGGCAAUGGAGCACCGACAAAAUCUGGAAGCCCAGGAACAAAAACAUCCGCCGAACCAGAGGUACAUUUUUCUCCAGGAGCUUUCAAAGGUUACAACCGACAAGAAGCGUAUCCGUGACGAAAUUCUCAACGUCCUUGUUGCUGGUCGUGAUACAACAGCCUCGCUACUAUCGAAUAUGUUCUUUCAUCUUGCCCGCCGACCAGACAUAUGGAACAAGCUUAAGGAAGAGAUUGGCACUCUGCAGGGGAAGAUUCCAACAUAUAGCGCUCUUCGGGAUCUCAAAUACCUUAAGUACUGCAUCAACGAGGCUCUAAGACUGUACCCUGUCGUUCCAAUCAACGGACGCAAAGCAUAUGUCGAUACUUUGUUACCAGUAGGGGGAGGCGCCGACCAGAAGAGCCCCAUUUUUGUACCCAAAGGCACUUUGGUUACCUAUUCUGUGUAUGUGAUGCAGAGAAGGAAAGAUAUAUUCGGGGAGGAUGCCGACGAGUUUAAACCUGAGCGAUGGGAGACUAUUAGGCCAGGAUGGGCAUACUUGCCCUUUAAUGGAGGUCCUCGUGUUUGCCUUGGCCAACAAUAUGCGAUGACUGAAGCGUUGUUUGUAACGGCUAGAAUUCUCCAGCGUUUCGCUCGUAUUGAGCCACGAGAUGAUCGACCAUGGAAAGAGUUGUUAGUUAUUACUAUGGCUACAGAUGGAGGAGUUAAGGUUGGAUUAUAUAUGUAG